AUGCCGGACGGCCUCGAGGAGCCCGGGACUGAGGUCUCGGAUGCCAUGUCAGAUAAUGACCACGAGUACGACGACGAGACGCCCGUAAAAGACGACGACGACGAGAAGAUGGCCGAGUCCCACGAUAGCGGCAACGACAACAACGGCGAGGUAAAGAAGAAGUACGACCCCAAGGACCCUUCACGGCCGAGGAGGAAGAAGGCUCGCCGGGCGUGUUUCGCCUGCCAACGAGCCCAUCUGACCUGCGGAGAUGAACGACCUUGUCAGCGAUGCAUUAAGCGCGGGCUCGCAGACGCCUGCCAGGACGGUGUUCGCAAAAAGGCAAAGUAUCUCCACGAUGCGCCGCCGGAGGCUCUCCGGCCGGUCCUCGGGCCCAACUACAACCCCAACGCGGCCCCGACCCGUCCCAACGGCCAGCGGCAUCACAGCGGGACUUCGGACACGGCCUCGACCGCCGGCAGCACAUACUUUGGCCAGAGCUCCACCGCCUCGUUCCCCGUGUACUCGGGCCAGCAGACGCCCGUCGCCAUCCCCGAAGGCCUCCCGUUCCAGGCACAGCCGUCGCCGAUAUCGCCGUCGUUCCCGCAAUCGGGCGGCAACAACGGCCGUUCCAUUGGCGGCAUGAUCUCGCCGCAGGUCACCAACGACCCGUUCAAUACGUUAUUCGACCCGAGCAACCCGGCCAUCUUCAACUUUGACCUGGAAGGGCUCAACUUUGGCAGCCAGUACGGCGCCAUGGAGUUUGGCAUGCUCGGGCACAUGUCGUCCGGCGCGGCGGAGACCCCGCCGCGGGACGGCUCAUUAUCCGGACCAAGUGGUGAAGCAGUCAACUUUGGAUCCACAAACGUCUUUGGCAAUGGCAACAACCAGUUUGGCCAAGUCUACGAUAGCGGUAUGAUCAACGAUUUCAUGGGUGUAGACCAGUCUUCCAACGGCAUGUACCAACAAGGCAACUUGCAACAUGGGCUCCCACAUGCCUACGCCAUCGCUGCCGGCCCAACAAGCCUACAUAGCCCAAGCACAGACAACACCGCCAGCCCGCAACCUACUAACUUUACGUUUGAAGGAUCUCCAAGUGGGAACUUUGGCGCUGUUGGGAACUCCCAGACCAUAUCCGCCCCCUCGCGCCCCAAGGCCGGCAACAACAACACCAACAACAAGCCCGGCCAGCCCCAGAAGUCAGGCCCCCACUCCCUGCUGGGCAAGCGGCAACGCGACCCCUCGUCCAUCUACGACACCGUCAAGGAGCCGUACCCCUACCUGGCCGGCUUCCACGCCCUCAUCGAAUACCUCCCGAAGCGCUUCUCCGCCAACAGGACGCUGCGCAUCGCCAAGGCGCUCGCCAGCAUCCGCCCGUCCUUCAUCGCGUGCACCAAGACGCUCAGCCGGCAAGACCUCAUCUUCAUGGAGAAGUGCUUCCAGCGCACCCUGUUCGAGUACGAGGAGUUCAUGCACCACUGCUCCGCGCCGACCAUCGUCCUCCGCCGCACGGGCGAGAUCGCCGCCGUCAACAAGGAGUUCAUCGCCCUCACGGGCUGGACCAAGGACGUGCUGCUCGGCAACGACCCGAACCUCAACGUCAACACCGGCGGCACGCCGUCCUCGGCGACCAACAGCGGGCGCAACACGGGCCGCGCCGGCUUCUCGACGCCCAAGGUGCCGUCCGCCGCGCUCGUCGACCAGAUCAAGAACGGCGAGGGCGGCGCGCCGCGCAAGCAGCCCGUCUUCAUCGCCGAGAUCCUCGACGACGACAGCGUCGUCGAGUUCUACGACGACUUCUCCCACCUCGCCUUCGGCGACAGCCGCGGCAGCGUCAACCGCACGUGCCGCGUGCUCAAGUACCGCACAAAGGAGCAGACGGAGGCGGCCGCCUCGUCCGACAUGACGCCGCAGCAGGACCCGCGCAAGAGCAUCCUCAGCAACCGCGUCACGCGCAUCGACGGCGAGCACGGCAUCUCCAAGAUUGAAAAGGACGGCAAGGUGGACUGCCGGUACUGCUGGAUGAUUAAACGAGACGUGUUUGAUAUCCCCAUGUUGAUCGUGGUGAAUUUUCUGCCGUGCUAUUACCAGAACAAGGAACCGCAUCAACUGGCUGUGUGA